CUCAAUACACAAUGUCAUGUGUGCUCACCGACCCUGUCGCUUUCCAGCCUGCCUAAUGGGAACCGCGGGGCUAAAACGCUGUUAGACACUCAUUUUUUAACAUCACAAUAUAAUAAUAAUUGGGCAGACGAAUUAAAGACAUGGGCGAAAGAUUUGUGGUGGUCCCGGUUGGACCAUGCAACGGGGAGCUGGAGCCCCCAGACACGGUGUUCAGUGACCCGGCACCGGAGAACGAAGGGGCAGCGGAUGGUGUCGUGGCCGGGCAGCGGGACCCCAACACCGCGGUGCCCAUACUGGAGUACAGCAGAGAACCAAACAAAUACGGAGACGGUCUACGAAAGGAAAGCAGUCCUUUCAUCAACAACACGGACAACGAUAAGGCCAUCAGCUAUGAUGGCAAGAACAUGGCCCUCUUUGAGGAGGAGAUGGACAGCAACCCCAUGGUGUCCUCCCUCCUCAACAAGCUGGCCAACUACACCAACCUCACCCAGGGGGCUCAGGAGCACGAGGAGGCUGACGAAGAGGAGGCUGGGCCCAAAAAGAAAGCCGUCAAGAGCCCUCAGAUGGGGACCUUCAUGGGCGUGUACCUGCCCUGCCUGCAGAACAUCCUCGGGGUCAUCCUCUUCCUGCGCCUCACCUGGAUCGUGGGCACCGCGGGGAUCGUGGAGUCCCUGGCCAUCGUGGUGAUGUGCUGCUCCUGUACAAUGCUGACCGCCAUCUCUAUGAGUGCAAUCGCGACCAAUGGGGUUGUUCCAGCUGGAGGUUCCUACUACAUGAUUUCAAGAUCUCUGGGGCCUGAGUUUGGUGGAGCGGUGGGCCUCUGCUUCUAUCUGGGCACCACCUUCGCUGGCUCCAUGUACAUUCUGGGCACCAUAGAGAUCCUAUUGACCUACAUCGUGCCGCAGGCGGCCAUCUUCGUGGCGGAGAAGAAGGAGGAUGAGCCGGCCGCCCUGCUGAACAACAUGCGCGUGUAUGGCACCUGCUGCCUGACGCUGAUGUCCCUGGUGGUGUUCGUGGGGGUCAAGUACGUGAACAAGCUGGCGCUGGUCUUCCUGGCCUGCGUCGUCCUCUCCAUCCUGGCCAUUUACGCCGGGGUCAUCAAGACCGCCUUCGACCCUCCAGACUUCCCUGUGUGUCUGCUGGGAAACCGAACGCUCCAGAACCUGAACUUUGACAAGUGUCUGAAGACGGAGGAGGUGGGCAACCAGACAGUCGGCACGGCGCUGUGGGCGCUCUUCUGUGGAGGCUCUAGGGCGCUCAACGCCUCCUGCAACGAGUACUUUGUCCUUAACAACGUCACGGUGAUACAGGGCAUCCCUGGGCUCACCAGCGGUGUCAUCUCAGACAACAUGUGGUCGGACUACGGGCCGCUGGGCAUGCUGGUGGAGAAGCCGAGGCAGCCAGCGGUGCUGGCAGCGGACACCUCCCAGGACGUGUACCUGCCCUACGUGGUCAACGACAUCGCCUCCUUCUUCACGCUGCUGGUGGGCAUCUACUUCCCCUCGGUCACUGGCAUCAUGGCCGGCUCCAACCGAUCGGGAGACCUGCGGGACGCCCAGAAGUCCAUCCCCAUCGGGACAAUCCUGGCCAUAGCAACCACCACAUUCAUUUACUUGACCUCCGUGGUGCUGUUUGGUGCCUGCAUUGAUACUGUGUUGCUCAGAGACAAGUUUGGCGACUCUGUAAAACGGAACCUUGUGAUUGGCACACUGUCCUGGCCGUCACCGUGGGUGAUUGUGAUUGGCUCGUUCUUCUCCUGCUGUGGGGCGGGGCUUCAGAGCUUGACUGGGGCGCCACGCCUACUGCAAGCCAUCGCACGAGAUGGCAUUGUCCCUUUCCUGGCGGUGUUUGGCCAUGGGAAGGCUAACGGUGAGCCCACCUGGGCUCUGCUGCUGUCCGGUGGGAUCUGUGAGAUCGGCAUCCUCAUCGCCUCCCUGGACGCUGUAGCCCCCAUCCUCUCCAUGUUCUUCCUGAUGUGCUACCUCUUUGUCAACCUGGCCUGUGCCGUUCAGACGCUGCUCAGGACGCCCAACUGGAGGCCGCGCUUCAAGUACUACCACUGGGCGCUGUCGUUCCUGGGGAUGAGCCUGUGUCUCUCCCUCAUGUUCAUCUCGUCCUGGUACUACGCCAUCGUGGCCAUGGUGAUCGCCGGCCUCAUCUACAAGUACAUCGAAUACCGCGGGGCGGAGAAGGAAUGGGGCGAUGGGAUCCGUGGCCUCUCCCUGAACGCGGCCCGCUACGCUCUCAUUCGCCUAGAGGAGGCGCCCCCGCACACCAAGAACUGGAGGCCCCAGAUGCUGGUGCUGCUCAACGUGGACACGGACCUGGCGGUGAAGCACCCGCGCCUGCUGUCCCUCACCACCCAGCUGAAGGCCGGCAAGGGGCUCACCAUCGUGGGCAACGUGCUGGAGGGCACCUAUCUGACCAAGGACUCUGAGGCCAAGACGGCUGAGCAGAACAUCAAGUCCUCCAUGGCGGCAGAGCGCACCAAGGGCUUCUGCCACGUGGUGGUGUCGUCCAACCUGAGGGACGGAUUCUCCCACCUCAUCCAGUCGGCCGGCCUGGGGGGCAUGAAGCACAACACGGUGUUGAUGGCCUGGCCCGGCACCUGGAAGCAGUCCAAUGACCCCGCCUCCUGGAAGAACUUUAUAGAGACGGUGAGGGAGACCACGGCGACGCACCACGCGCUGCUGGUGGCCAAGAACGUGGACAGCUUCCCCGGCAACCUGGAGCGCCUGGGCGAGGGCACCAUCGACGUGUGGUGGGUGGUGCACGACGGAGGCAUGCUCAUGCUGCUGCCCUUCCUGCUGCGUCAGCACAAGGUGUGGAGGAAGUGCAAGAUGCGCAUCUUCACCGUGGCCCAGAUGGACGACAACUCCAUCCAGAUGAAGAAGGACCUGCAGAUGUUCCUGUACCACCUGCGGCUGGACGCCGAGGUGGAGGUGGUGGAGAUGCACGACAGCGACAUCUCGGCCUUCACCUACGAGAAGACCCUGGUCAUGGAGCAGAGGUCCCAGAUGCUGAAGCAGAUGCAGCUGUCCCGGAACGAGAGGGAGAGAGAGAUUCAGAGUAUCACUGACGGGUCUCGUAGCUCCAUCCGGCGGAAGAACCAGAGCCCGCCGGCUCAGAGCCCCACCGAGCCGAGCCCCCCCCAGGUGGAGGAAGACGAGGCCCAGCUGAUCCACGACAGGAACACGGCGUCCCACGCCGCCCUCAGUGACGCGGCGGCGGGCGUGCACAUGACCUGGACCAAGGAGAAGCUCUUCACCGAGCGCCACCGGGGCCGCGAGGCCAACGCCAACGUGGCCGUCCGGGACCUGUUCAACAUGAAGCCAGAGUGGGAGAAUCUGAACCAGUCCAACGUGCGGCGGAUGCACACGGCGGUCAAGCUGAACGAGGUGGUGGUCAACAAGUCCCAGGGGGCCCACCUGGUGCUGCUCAACAUGCCCGGACCGCCCCGCAACCGAGGCGGCGACGAGAACUACAUGGAGUUCCUGGAGGUCCUGCUGGAGGGCCUGAACCGCGUGCUGCUGGUGCGCGGAGGCGGCCGCGAGGUCAUCACCAUCUACUCUUAAAGAACACCAGAACCGGCCCCCCGCCCCCCU